AUGUCUCUAGUAUUUCAGUCACUGAUUCGUCGAACUCCUUCGACAUUUAUCGCUAGAAUACCUCGUCGUCUAUGGUCGUCGAGUGGAAAAUUUCCAUCUCAUCCAAUGGGAACGGAAGAAUACGAAAAUCAACCACGCAAAUCAAUCACUGAAUUACCAGAUGAAUUAACUGAACGUGGUACUAAACCAGAAUUCAUUUCCGGAUAUGAAUCAACAAAAGAUGGCUGGGAUUGGGUAGAUAAUGUUCUAUUCAAAUCUGCCAUCCCUGAACCACCCAAUCAUCCAACUCCGUCUGGUUGGGUACCACCCGAUCCAAGGCUUGCUCGUCAAUGGCCUUAUUUCGUUGAUAGAGAUCGUUUUCAUUCCUAUGCACUCUAUGUUCGUAUAUUACCUGUUAUGCUUGAAUAUUGGCUUCAUGAACAACACCGUUAUUAUUUGAAUAUUUUCCGUCGUCGUGUAGAAUACGAUAUUUAUGCACAACGAACAAGACGGUUUAGUCUACUGGAAUUAAUCUCAGGCGAUAUUUGGGCAUUAGAUCAUGAUUUGAAGGCUUAUUUGACAAAACGUGUACACUUAACUGAUGAUAAAUCCAAAGAAUUACCUAUCCUAUCUCAGGUUGAUGAAAUCAAACGACAUAUUCUUGUUGAAGGCGAAUACGAAGAAUGGAUAGCAGAUUUUUUAAAAGAAAAAGGCUUUUGA